UUCUAUGCCUUUUUUAACAUUUUCGAUGAACUCUUUUACAUCCUGCAAAAAGUAAAAGCCAAAAAAAAUAGUAAAAAAUUAAAUCGAAAUUCUAAAACCUUGAAAAGGGUUCCGAGGAUGAGCCAGUUUGGCGAGACGUCCCUCGACCGCCACUUUGCCCUCCAAGUGCGCAACUUGAUCAAGCUCCUAAAGGACACCAACGUCAGCGAAAAGGACUUGGAGACUAGCCAACGUUGGCUGAGGCACUUGAAGCAGGUGGAGCCGAAGGACAAGUACGCCAGGAACUGCAUGCUGCUGAUGAUCAACGAUCAGUUGGAGCAGUCUGGUAAGCUGAGGAAGCCCAUCACCGAGGUGGAGAACAUGGACCGCUGCAUGGACGAACUGCUCAACGAGUACAAGAGAAUGGCGCUGGGGGAGCAGCCACCGGUAGAGGAUGAAGUCCAGGAAACGAAUACCAACGCCGUGAGUCAAGACGGCGGCAGUAGUCGAUGUGCCGAGGAAGUUUCCUCGGUGGAAAAUCACAACGUGGAAAAUAACGCCGUGGAAAAUCAGAUCGUGGAAAAUAACAUCGUCGAAUACGAUAGCUUGAAGCAGGCGAACCAGAAUCUCCUCAAGGAGAUCGACUCGCUGCACAGCCGCACGUUGGAAACGGAGAAGCACUACAGGAGCAGGAGCCAAAUGUUCGAGAAGACGAUGGCCGAGAAAGUCAAGGCGGGCAAACCGGAACUCCAGCAGGAGGCUCUCUAUCAGGCCUGUCGUGAAGCCAUCGUUCUUCUGAGGAAUUGGCCGGGCGACACAAUCCCCCUCAACUUUCUGGCCAACUGCCUUGAGCCCCUCAUCCGCAAUGAACUCGUUGACGUCUCCCAAAUAUCCGAGUUGGAUCGCACUUUGCAGGACACUUUGAACGAAAUGGUGAAGGAAGCCUGCAUGCGAAGGGACAAAAACGUGCGGAUCCUGUACGAUUACGUUUUAAAGCAUCAGGAUGACGUACUCAAGGAAAAGGAGGAGAAACUGAACAGGAUAAAGGAAUCCCUGAAGCAGGAGCGCCAUAGGUUACGAUUGGCUGCCGAGGAUCUGAAACGACGGGAGGAUCUCGUCUGGAGCCAAGCCAUUGGCACAUUGGCAAUUUCGGGAAAUUCCACCGCAGCCCAAAGCCCCAGGAUCUCCCUGUGCGAAUUGUGCCACAGGGAAAAGUCAUACAGGUCGGGAAUAAGAGAUCCAAUGUGCCAGCUAUGCCGAGUUGAACAAAUCCAGAACGUCGAUGAGCUGGAAAAGUUAUCCGAUGUGCUCAGCGAUCUGUCCAUCGACAAGUGCUAAUUCUCCAGCAAAAAGCUUUUGCCCACACACAAUCAUAUAUUUUCCAUUUUCUUGUUCGCAUCGAUAAAUCGUUGAGUUAUUUUGAAAA